AUGCUACAUUAUUACAAAGAGGCGGCUGUAACCAGAACCGUAGACUACAUCCGGUCACUUGGUCUGAAGGUGGCCCCGGCUAAAACUGAGGCAAUGAUUUUUCACAGACCCCGACAGGGCCCUCCACCGAGUGCUCACAUCACAGUGGAAGGUGUUAGAAUAAAGGUCGGGGCCCAAAUGAAAUACUUGGGCCUAACACUAGACGGCAGGUGGACAUUUUGCGCCCACUUCAGGCUGCUUCAGCCCCGAAUUGUAAAAACUGCAGCAGCUCUGGGUCGGCUUUUGCCUAACGUUGGUGGCCCCAGCGUCAGCUGUAGAAAGCUGUACGCUGGGGUCACCAGAUGCAUGGCACUGUAUGGGGCACCGAUCUGGUUUCCCCUACAGAGAGAGGCGAAACAUGCGCUUCGCCAGCCUCAACGCAUCCUAGCGUUGAGGGCAAUCCGUGCCUAUCGUACGGUUGCCCUCGAUGAAUGGAUGGAAAGACGACACGGUCACCUCACCUACCGAUUGGUGCAGGUGCUAACCGGCCAUGGGGCUUUUGGUUGGUACCUGCAUCAUAUCGCUAGGAGGGAACCAACCCCCGAGUGUCACGGGUGCGGCGCUGUGGAAGACACGGUGGACCACACCCUCGUGGACUGUCCGGCUUGGGUUCCGCAGCGUCGCGCUUUGGUUUCGGCGGUGGGUGUAGACCUCUCGCCUCCCAGCAUAGUCAAAGCUAUGUUGGGAAGCGAGACUGCCUGGAAGGGAAUGGCCACCUUCUGCGAAGAAGUCAUGUCGCAAAAGGAGGCUGCGGAGCGGGUCAGGGAGGAAGAUCCCCUCGCUGAUCCGAUUCGCAGAAGCCGGAGAGGUAGACGGAGGAGGCAAUACGCCACCCUCCUUCAUCAACCUCUUGCAGCGGGACCGUAG